AUGGGACAAGCCUGUGUCACCACUAACCAAUGUGCCUGUGACUCGUCAGUAGCGACCCUAUGUCACACAGUGGGACAGGUCUGUGUCACCACUAACCAAUGCGGCUGCAUGCACGGAUGGAGCCAGAGGGUGCAAUGCCCCUGCCCCAAGGGCCGGUUCGGACCUAACUGCCUGUACGAGUGCCUGUGUGAGCACGGGGACUGCAGCCCUUCGGACGGACAGUGCACCUGUGAGGCCGGCUGGAAGGGGCUGCUAUGUGACAUCCCUUUAUGUCCCUUAGGCUAUUUUGGGCCCGAGUGCAAAGUCCGUUGCCCUGGCAACUGCAAGUCAUGUCACGCCGUGACGGGUACCUGUCAAUCAUGUUACGCAGGUUUCUAUGGAGACAACUGUUUGAGACAGUGCGGCAACUGUGAGACGUGUAACAUGGAGACCGGCGUGUGUGAGGAGACGUGUCAGGAGGGCUGGAUGGGAGAGAACUGCGACAAGAGGUGCGCUCGUGGGACGUACGGACGGAACUGUAAGAUGAUUUGUCCGGAGAACUGCCCGUACACGUGUAACCGGGUCAGCGGCAAGUGUCGGCAGUGUGUGCCGGGCUUCUUCGGGCAGGCCUGCGAGAACCGCUGUCCGAGAGGCUGCAAAACCUGCACAAUCCAGCAGGGGGUGUGCUUGGACUGCAGACCAGGGUUUGAGCUAUACCAGGGAAGCUGUGAAGAAUGUCCGGCGGGAACUUACGAGAAGGACUGUUCCGAGCGCUGUCCGGAGAACUGUAAAGGGAAGCGGUGUAACAGAUUUACAGGCAGCUGCAGUUCCUGCCAGAGGGGCUGGAGGGGGCGAUUCUGCAACGAGACGGACGAGAACGUCAGUCCGGAGCUAACAACCCCGGGAACGAGACUUCCUUGCCUUGAGUGUCGUAAUGGAGCGUGGUGUGACGUCAGCAAAGGGCUAUGUGCCUGUGUACCUGGGUACUUUGGCAAAAGCUGUGAACACAUCUGUCCGGUCGGUCGCUACGGUCCAAAGUGCGCCAGGCGAUGUAGGGGGUGUCGGUUCUGUGAUCACGUGACCGGAAGAUGUGAAACACGGCCGCCAUCACGAGUAACAACAUCACCGUCCUCAACUGACAACCCUGGUGCAACUCCAAGACCAAAAGGACUUUCAUCUACGACACCUCUAAGCCGAGCAACACCAGCCGCAACGGUGAAAAUGGCAGAAUCCGGUGAAUCUGACGACACGUCAGGGUCCUCUGACAAAAAAUCCCAAUCAUCUGGCGAAACAUCCGGGUCCUCUGGUGAAACAUCCGGGUCCUCUGGUGAAACAUCCGGGUCCUCUGGUGAAACAUCCGGGACAUCUGGCGAAACAUCCGGGUCCGCGAACAUCGCGCCUGACGGGACAGUCCAACCCAAGACGAAGGAUGACGUCAACAUGCUAAUGAUCGCUGUCAUUGGUGUGGGAGUGGCAGCCAUCUUGGCUUUACUGGUUGCCAUGGUGAUUUGCUUCCUCCAUGUCAGGCGGAAAAGAAAACGUGAAAAUGAAAGUAACAUGGAGAUGAACGCGCGGCGGAACCACCAAUGGGAGCGAGUGGGCGUGGCCCAGCCGUACAUCGUCCUCAAACUCCCGCCACCUCCUCCGGAAGACGAGUAUCACGACACUCCUACCAACUCAGACAACGACAAAAUGGUUAGUAUGUUAACGAUGUGA